AUGACACUUUCUGCUCAAUGUGGUGUUCAACUAAAAUCAAGGGUUUCCAAUUUUCAGCAGCAUGUCUGGUUCAAGAGCGAUGACAACAGCGAUGGUAUCUAUCGCAGCUGGCCCAAAAUAAGCAAUAUAUUUUUCAACUUUAACUCUCCAUAUUUCUCUUUAUCGAAUCCUUCACAUAUUUCCAGUUCAAUUGCCAAUAUUUUAGCUUUCUUAAUCAUUGUUGAAAAAUCUUCAUCAGAUGAAUCCAGAACAAAGACAAAUGAUACCAGCAAAAGAAAACUCAAAAAGAAACAACAAGAAGAUAAGAUUGAAAAAUAUGAACUGAAUAAAGAUAAAACUGCCAACAUUUUCAGUGAAAAGUUCAAAUAUAAAAAAGAAGACAGAACUGAAGAAAAUUUAACAGCUAUAAAAAAGUUGGCGGUUGUGCCCAAACUAAAUACAAAAUCUCUUGAAAAAAUACUGCAACAUGAAAACUCGAAAAAACGAUCAAAUCCGAAUAUAAUGCAAGACACAAGAAAACGGAAAGCUGAAAAAAGUUUGUUCACUGACAGGGAUUUUGAUCUUUUUCAAAAGGAAUACAUCGACAGAUUGGACAAAUCUGAUAAAUUUUAA